UAAGAGCUGAGCUGCUGCUGGACUCUGAGUCAGUUUGUCUCAGUUUGUGUCUGUCUCCUCAGAUUCUCAGAGACUCAGACAGUUUCAGUGAUCUGAUGAUGAUGAUGAUGAUGAAGGUGUCAGAGCUGGUCCUCGUCCUCUCCUGUGUCCUCUGUGUCUCUGCUGACGUUUUCCAUGAGGACCUUGCUAUCGGCGGCUGUUCAGACACUGAUGGAGAGGACAUGUACUCUCUGGAUGGUGAAGAGAAGUGGUACGCAGACUUCAUCAACAAGAGAGGAGUCGAGCCUCAGCCCAGUUUUAUGGAUCAUACGAGCUACAGGGAAGGAACUUAUGAACAAGCUGUGACUAAUCAACAGAUCUGCAGAAGUAACCUGAAGAACAGCCGCCUUGGUAUGAAGGACAUCCCAGUGGAAAAUGAUCCUCCCUCUGGCCUGAUCGUCUACAGCAGAGACGAAGUGGAGCUGGGAGUGAAGAACACUCUGAUCUGUCAUGUGUCUGGUUUCUAUCCUGCUCCUGUCAACGUCUCCUGGACCAAGAACGAACAGAAGGUGACUGAAGGAACCAGCAUCAACGUCCCCUUUCCACUCAAAGAUGGUUCCUUCAGACAGACGUCCAGACUGGAGUUCAUCCCACAGCUGGGAGACGUCUACACCUGUACAGUGAGACACCCAGCUCUGAACCAACCACUGACCAGAAUCUGGGAUGUGGAGGUGCAGCAGCCCAGUAUUGGACCUGCAGUCUUCUGUGGAGUGGGUCUGACUGUCGGUCUGCUCGGUGUCGCUGCAGGAACCUUCUUCCUCAUCAAAGGAAACGAGUGCAGCUGAUUGGCUGGAGCUGAUGAUGUCAUCAGUGUGUGUAUAGAUUGUCCUAUCAGCCUUUGACCUGCUUGUUUCUGCUUCCUGUCUCUCUGUCUCUGACUGAUGAUGUCAUCAGAGAAUCACCUGUAUCUGACUCUGAUGUAACUAUGACCUCGUUCUGAUCAGUUCACCUGUUAAACCAACGUCUCUGUUCUCACUGAUGAAAUGUUCUCUCUGUGAUCAGCUGCUGGAAAUAAAACCAAAGAAACUCUGA